UCGCGCCACAGCUGUCUGCGAGCAUUGAGCUGCCUGGCGCCAUCCUCAAAGAAUGCCUUCACUGUAAAAAAAAACAGAUCGAGAGAGAGAAAGCGACACAGAGAGGGGGAGAAUUCAGAGUGAGAGAGAGAGAGGCAGAGAAAGAGAGAGGGAGAGGGAGGGGGAAAAUGAGAGGAAAGACUUGCUGCUACGCACAAACAGAGAGAUUUGAUCUGUGAGUUUAACUUCUGUCCUGGUCAGUGUGCAGUAAACCCAUCUUCUGCGAACGUUGCUUCUAAAACACUCUGCAGCGGCUUGUUGCUUCUACAGAACAGCAUAGAAAGUUUGGGAGAAAAGUUGAGGACAUCAAUGUGGAACUGGACGCGACCCGUGGAGCUAUCUCUAACGGCAAAUUAGUACAAGCAAACAUUUUUAAAUGUAUGUAGAUUUUGAUUUUUUUUCUUUCCAAACUGAAACGGAAUAUACAUGGUGAUCAAACGCAUUCUUCUGAAUUAAGAAGCAACUUGUGGAUUUAACAUCGCAAGACUUUUGACAGACUUUUUCUAUUGCGCUUUAUUGUACUGAUUCCUUUUUUGUGUGUAUGAACGGUUGCUACCGGCAAUGGAAGUAAGUGCGGAUCAGCCCCGGUGGAUGAGUCACCCCCACCCAGCGGUACUGAACGGCCAGCAUCCUGACUCGCACCACCCGGGCAUCGGUCACUCGUACAUGGACCCCUCUCAGUAUCCUAUCACUGAGGAUGUGGAUGUACUCUUUAAUAUCGACGGACAGGGUAACCACGUCUCUCCUUAUUACGGAAACUCCGUCAGAGCCGUUCAGAGAUAUCCUCCCCCCCCUCACAGUAGUCAGGUUUGUCGUCCACCCCUCCUCCACAGUUCACUGUCCUGGCUGGAGAGCAGCAAAGCCUUGAGCUCUCAUCCCAGCACAUCGCCCUGGAACUUGAGCCCAUUUCCUAAGACCUCGCUGCACCACGGCUCCCCAGGAGCCCUGUCGGUAUACCCACCGGCCUCGUCGUCCUCGCUGUCGGCCGGCCACUCAAGCCCACACCUCUUCACCUUCCCCCCGACCCCUCCCAAAGAUGUCUCACCGGAUCCAGGUAUCGCGACCCCUGGCUCGGGCAACGCCAGUCGCCAAGAGGAAAAAGAGUGCAUAAAGUACCAGGUGUCCCUGGCGGAAACCAUGAAACUGGAGUCGGCCCACAGCCGGAGCAUGGCUUCCAUCGGAGCGGGGGCGUCUGCCCAUCACCCCAUUGCCACUUACCCGUCCUAUGUUCCUGAAUAUGGCCCCGGGCUCUUUCCACCAAGUAGCCUGAUAGGUGGGUCACCUUCUAGUUAUGGUUCCAAAACAAGACCAAAAACAAGGUCCUGUUCAGAAGGCAGAGAGUGUGUUAACUGCGGGGCCACCUCUACCCCUCUUUGGAGGCGUGAUGGCACGGGUCACUACCUUUGUAACGCCUGCGGACUGUAUCACAAGAUGAACGGGCAGAAUCGCCCCCUCAUCAAGCCCAAGAGAAGGCUGUCUGCGGCUAGGAGGGCAGGUACUUCAUGUGCCAACUGUCAAACGACCACGACGACGCUGUGGCGUCGAAACGCCAACGGGGACCCCGUCUGUAACGCCUGCGGGCUUUACUUCAAACUGCACAAUAUUAACCGGCCUCUGACGAUGAAGAAGGAAGGCAUCCAGACCCGCAACCGGAAGAUGUCCAGCAAGUCGAAGAAAAGCAAAAAGUCCCAGGACAGCAUGGACGAGUUCUCCAAAAGUCUGGUGGAGAAAGGCAGCUCCUUCAGCCCCUCUGCCCUCUCCAGACACAUGAGCACCUUCCCGGCCUUCUCUCACUCGGGUCACAUGCUCAGCACCCCCACGCCCAUGCACCCCUCCUCCAGCCUGCCCUUCGCUCCCCAUCACCCAUCCAGUAUGGUCACGGCGAUGGGAUAGACCUGCCCACCUCAUGUCCCGCCUCCUUCCCCGCCCACCAUCCCACCAACCCCGCCCUCCACCCAACUUUGGAAAAAAAGACAUGCUUUCUGUUUGGUUUAAAGUCAAGUGUACCUCUCUAGGACUGAAAGCCCCCAAGACUGUAACGAUGGCCCCCUCUCCCCCGGGGAAGGCGAGGUCUCUCCGAGGGGGAAUGGCGACA